UUCCACGACCACAAUAAAUAAUCCAGUUUAAUCAUCUUCUCCGCCUCCUUUGUUUCUUCCUCCUCAACCCCAACCCAAUCGGAAAAAGCAAAACACACCUUCUUUUCCGAUUAUUUUCUCCGUCAAUAUUUUGAUUGCCGUUGAUGGAUUCCAGUUGCAGAACACCUUCAUCAUCAUUAUCAACAAAAUCACUAAGCUUCAAUUAUCACUCUUCUCUGAUUCUCAUAUCUCAGCAGCCGUCUAAUCUUUGGUUUCGAGACCUCUGGGAAAUCAGAAUCACCAAAUAGUAAUUAAAGAUCAAUCAAUCAAUAAAACAGACCCAAAGAAAUCAAUACUCCAACACACAAAUUCAGUGAAUUUUUUAUUUGUUUUUUCAUUUUUUGCAUUUUUUUCUAAGAAGGCAAUAUGAGAGAUGGUGUAAGAGAACAGUUGAGAUCCAAAAACACCAUCUCUGAAAGUAAUUCUCCACAUUCUAAGGUUAUGGGGUUAAGAAAUAGAACCUCUGGUUGGGCUGCCUUUGGGCAGCAAGAGAGACAGGGUUUGAAAAAAACUGAAUUUGAUUCUGACCCUUAUCCACCUAUUGAGAACACCCCCUCAGCUUUGCUCCCAUUGAAACAAGUACUAAUGAAUGGAUCAGCAAAAUCAUUUUCGUCAGUUGUGCGGGCUUCUGUGUUGUCGCCGAGUGUCGAAUUUGAAGAACGAGUACUAGCUGCUGGUUCUAGUAGUAAGCCAGGGAAUGAAGGUGUUAGCAAUGUAGAGAAAUUGAAAGAGCUUCAUAAGUGGGCUGAUGAUAGUUUGAUUGAGGAUGUUUUAGCAGCUGUAAAUAAUGAUUUCUCUCAGGCGUCUGCUGUAUUGCAAACAAUGUUUUCAUCUGACACCUCCAAUCAAACUGGAACAGCAUACCCUUUGGAUACAAGUGAUCCCUCGCAGAAAACAGCAGAAGAAACAAACUUUUUGGUUGAGCAAUGCCUUGGCCAACAGAAAGUACAACCUAGCCAUGAAGAAAAUUCUACUAAAAGUAACUUAUAUGCGCAUGUGAGUUUGAUCUAUGGGCAGGUGUUAAAUGCUCCUGUCGAACCUGAGUGGCAAGAAGAUGAUAUUUAUCUGAGCCUCCGCAAAGAUGCUAUUAGAGCAACAAGGUCAGCAGCUCAACAUUCCCGAGCAGCCAGCAAUGCUUUCCUAAGGGGCGAUCAUUACUCUGCCCAAGAACUCUCGCGGAAGGCACAGGCGGAGUGGAUGGCUGCUGAAAGUCUGAAUUAUAAGGCAGCCCAAGAGAUUUUAAGUAUAAGGAAUCACAAAAAUGAUGUCUGGAAGCUAGACCUGCAUGGUUUACAUGCAUCUGAAGCUGUUCACGCCUUAAAGGAGCGUCUUUGGAGGAUUGAGACUCAGUUCCCACUUACUGUACAUCCCAAUAAAGUUGUCAAACCAAUUGAUUCUAGUAGUUGCCUUAGUGUGGUCGGACAGACAGAAAAAGAGGAGGGAAUGACAUCACAGAGACCAGGGGUUUUACAAGUUAUAACAGGGACAGGAAACCAUAGUCGAGGUGGACAAGCUGCUAUUCCAAUGGCUGUGAGAAGUUUCCUUAUCGAGAGCGGGUACCGUUUUGAUGACACAAGGCCUGGGGUUAUUGCAGUACGUCCAAAGUUCCGCGACCAUCGACUGAAUAAAGCCGUUGCCUUAACUAAUCAUGUAUGAUUUAGUAUCUAGCAUUUACUACAGUUUUUUAGUAUUACCUAUAGCCGUUUGGUAGGCUUAUUCUUGGAAUGAUUUCUCACUGUAUGUGGAUAAUAACAUGGGAUGCCAUCCACUGUGACUGUUUAAUAACAAAAUCCAGUCGAAGUAUCAUCAAAAUUUCGAGUUACCGCUAGAUGUUUUCUAUGUUGUAUCAUAUGUACACAAUGUGAUGACAUUUGAAAUGGUAGUGUCAGGUAUUUGUCUAUAUAAAAAACGGUUUGAUGUGUCA